GUAGUUGUACUUUGUACUGCUGUUUCUAUUCCUCACACACACCUGAAUUUUCCGCCAUUACAGUUACAUCGCUCGUUCUCUUUUCCUUAUUAUCAUUUUCAUUGGGCUUGCUUAGUUGUUUGUCAAUUUAAAUUUAUAUGUUCAUGUUCUAACGUAAAAAUAUAUAUGUUUAUAAUUAGUUUAAACACAUGUAAUAUCUAGUUCUAUGCAGCACAAAUAGUACUACUUCUCUCUCUCUUUAUGUUGUCUUUAUUUCAAUUUCAAUCUCUUUCCUCAUUCAUUCCCUCUCAACCACCUCCACCUUUCUCUCCAUCUCUAUUUCCCACAAAGUCUUCGGUGAUAUUUUCACCAUAAAGUGUUUUCCUUUUUGCUUCUCCGUCCAACCUGUGUUCUGGGCUUUUGAUCUUCUUUCAGGUGAUGUUUCUGUUCUGUCAAACUUUACCCAACUUGAUCACUCUUCUUUGUUCAGAUUUUCUUCCAUCUCUCCUGUUCAUUUUGUUAUCACUUUUCUUGUUGGCAUGGUCGCUAAAUUAACUUUGAUUUGGAAGUUUAGUCAUGAAGUUCAUAUAUAUAAAUAUAUUUUCAGUUUGGCCUCCUUACUAUUUUCAAGCUUGACAUUAAUUAUAAUCCAAGGCACUUUUUUGGUUUCAGUUUUGUUUUCUAUUCCUUCACUUAAUCGUUGAAUUUCGUUUACUCCAUCAGGCUCUAAAACCAAGAAUGCUUCUGUACAAUUGUCACUAAUCCAAAUGCUCGAUAAGUCAGGUCUGAGUGCUUCAUUUUGUCUUCAAUAAAGGGAUUCAAGUCAAGAGAUCAAUUCUUAAGAGAACUAUGAUUGAAGAGAUACGUGGGGGAUGCCCAGUGUGGUUUGUGACUUGCCUGCUAUUUUCUCUUUGUGACUCAUCUUUAGAAUCGGGCUGAUAUAGUUUCCUGGCCUCAUCAAAUACAUCCAGCGAAUAUGUAUAACUCAUUCAAUGCCAGUACGUGUGAGAUAGUGGAAGCUAGGGAAGAGAUCAUUUCUGAGUUCAAAAUAGAUGAAAGGCCUGAGAGUAGUUGUGCUCACAAAUCAGGAAAAAAGUGUAGUAUAGAGGAUGAUAUCAAUAAUCUUUUCCAGGCAAUUUAUAUUAAAAAUUCAAGUAGAGGUCUUAAUACACCAUAUUCACACAAGAGAGCUCCUAAAAAGCUCAUAAAAGUCAAUCCAUCACAGCCAUCAGGAAUUGGCUUCUCAGAACCUGUAAGUUUGAAGCAAGCAUUUAGAGGGUUGUGCAUCUCACAGGCAUCAGAAAUGGCUGCAUUGAAGAGACUAUCAAAGCCGUCCAAUUCAUCAAGGAUAUCAGAGGCUCGAACCAUAAAAAAGUUGUAUAUAGCAGAAGUAGAUGAACGGCAAGGGGAAUCGGUGGAAUGCUCUCUUGUGCCAGUGAUAUCAAGUUCAACUUCAAGUGCUCAUCAGUCUACUCCCUUUGUUGAUGCAACAAACCCAAAAACAUUGCCAGCUAAGUUAGCAUCCCGAAAUCAAGUUGUCCCUCUUCCAUCAGAGAUUCAGGGUGAGAAGCUAGUCACGAGGCUUGAAAAUGAGCUACAAGCAAAUUCAUCAUCAGUUGCCUACCCUAGUAAUGAAGUGCCUGAGGUGGAGAUUAGACUCAAAACGCUUCCUUCUUCCUCCACCAAUGAUUCUCUUAGUUCUUCAGUGCCAGAUAAGGGGAUGGAAGCGAAGCUAAUUUCUCCACCUAGUUCUGGCACGGUUAAUGGAGUGGAUAAGCCCACAAGUAGUAAUGCUGAUGCAUCUUUGACAAAGCCAAUAUUUAAGGACAAGAACUUUAUUACCAAGAAAGUGAAGCAAGAUUUACGUCCAAGCUGCUCUACUUCAUGUACCAGAAAAGAUGGCAAUGAAUUGGCUUCUAGUACCGGUAAAUGGAACAAGGUGACUGAAAAUUCUGAAUUAAAGGAUGAAAUGAAAGAAAACGAGAAACUGUCCUGCAGCCAUUCAAACCAUAACAUUGAAGUUGACUCAGUUAAUACAGGCAUGGAUUCAAGUAAACCUGGUUUCUGUUUGACUGGCAAUAAGAGAAAUAAGUUUGUAGUGACAAAGUUUGAUGAGAAAUCAAGAUCAAGGGAAAAGGGUGAAUUUUCCCAAAUUUCAGAAAGUGGCAUUGGUGACUAUGGUAGUAGUACAAGCAUCAGUGGGGAGAGCAAUCUAAUUGGUUCUAGAUGCAGUGGCCACAGGCCUCACAUGUCAAAACACAUGAGAUGGGAAGCAGUUCAUGUUGUUCAGCAGCAGUAUGGUAAUUUAAGUUUGAGGCACUUCAAGCUUCUCAGAAAGCUUGGUUGUGGGGACAUUGGAACUGUUUAUCUUGCCGAACUAAUUGGCACAAAUUGCCUUUUUGCUAUAAAAGUGGUGGAGAAGGAAAUUUUGGUAACCCGGAAGAAAAUGUUCAGGUCCCAAAUUGAAAGAGAGAUCCUGCAGAUGCUAGAUCAUCCGUUUCUUCCUACACUUUAUGCCCAUAUUGCAACAGAUAAUCUCUCUUGCUUGGUUAUGGAGUAUUGUCCAGGUGGAGAUCUUCAUGUGCUGCGCCAGAGGCAACCGUAUCAGAGCUUCUCAGAGCAAGCAACCAGGUUUUAUGUAGCUGAAGUUCUCCUUGCCCUGGAGUAUUUGCACAUGCUAGGAGUUGUGUAUCGAGACCUGAAGCCUGAAAAUAUCCUGGUUAGAGAAGAUGGGCACAUUAUGCUUACGGAUUUUGACCUGUCACUAAGAUGUUCUGUCAAUCCUAUGUUAGUGAAGUCAUAUUCACCAGAUGCGGAUCCAACAAAGAACAUGUUCAGUUCCUGUUCUGAGGCUAGCUGCAUGCACCCUUUCUGUCUUCAACCAAAUUGGCAAGUUUCCUGCUUUACUCCUAUUCUAUUAUCAGCUGGAGCUAAAUCUCGAAAUAUUAAGGCUGAUAUAGCUGCUCAGGUUGGUCCACUGCCACAGCUUGUAGUGGAGCCUACCAGUGCUCGUUCAAACUCAUUUGUUGGAACCUAUGAAUACCUUGCUCCAGAAAUCAUAAAAGGCCAGGGUCAUGGGAGUUCUGUAGAUUGGUGGACUUUAGGUGUAUUUUUGUUUGAGCUUUUAUAUGGUAAGACUCCCUUCAAGGGCCCUACAAAUGAAGAUACAUUAGCCAAUGUUGUUUCUCAGAGCCUUAAGUUUCCAAUUACUCCUAUAAUCAGCUUUCGAGCAAGAGAUUUGAUCAGAAGAUUGUUGAUAAAAGAUCCUGAAGGUCGAUUAGGCUCUGUAAAAGGAGCUGCUGAAAUAAAGCAGCAUUCCUUCUUUGAAGGCCUCAACUGGGCUCUUAUACGGUGUGCAGCACCACCCCAACUCCCCAAAUUUCGUGUUCAAUCCAUGGCUUCACACAAGGAGAAUGCCAAUGAUUUAAAAGAUACAGAAGGUUGUGAAGAGUUUGACCUGUUUUAGUUAGAAUUGGUUGCUAAAACUGUUGUCAUCCGUGUGACACGCCUAGUUUGAGUGUGUUUGCUGUUUAUAUUUCCUGUUUUCAAUACUCAUUAUGAAAAUGAUGCUUUAUUUUCAUUUUGUUUUCUGUUUUCAAGACUUGUACAGCUGGUUUCUUAUUUUCAGUACAAAUCUUUGAAAAUAGAAAAUAUAAUGAAAAUGAAGUAAUACUUUUGUAAUCAUGAGUGAGAGAAGGGAAAAUAAAAAUGUAUUUUCAAACCAAACAGGCUCUUAAUAUAUAGCUUCAAGCUUCUAACGUAAAUGUAACUCUAAUAUAGUGACAAAUAGAUAAAUUUAUGUUUAUAAAUCCAUGAAGGAAAAUUGGAGAUUUUGUUUGUUUGU